CUUUAGUUCUCGUCUCAAGUGGUUGGCGUUGAAAUAAAAAAAAUAAUAAAAUUAAAUAAAAUUGUCAUAAUUUAUUUGAUUUUUAUUACCGUCAUAAAUUUUUCGUUUGUGUGAAUUUCUAUAGAAAUAAAAGAAAAAAAAUUUAAAAAAAUGAAAGGUUCCAUCAUAUUAUUCGUCACUCUAUUAGCAGGGGCAUUCGCCCAAAUUCGUCCCAUUCCGCCAUUUGGAGCAACAGGCGAAGCAGGAGCUGUCAUUUUAAAACAUAAUUACGAUUUGAAUCCUGAUGGUUCUUACAUUUACAACUAUGAAACCAGCAACGGAAUUCGUGCCGAUCAACAAGGUUAUCUCAAGGCACCCGGAACUCCCUUAGAAGCCCAAGUUAUGACGGGAAGUUAUUCGUACACGGGACCCGAUGGCGUCGUUUAUACCGUCAACUACAUCGCCGAUGAGAAUGGUUUCCGUGCUGAAGGCGCUCAUCUUCCCCAACCUCCGAGACCAUUAGUUCCCGCAGUUCCCCGACCCGGAGGACGUUUCUUCUAAAAGAGAAGAGUUAAAAAGAGCUUCAAUUCGUUACGAGAAGUGAGAAAAUGUGAUUUUGUGCCUUACUUUAUUGAUUUUUAUUGAUUUUCCAACUUCUUCGGAAGUGCAUCGAAAGUUACCAUUUUAAUGCCAUUUAUUCACAUAAAAUGCACAAUUAUUGAAAUGUAGUACAGAAAUAUCCACACAAGCUAGAAAGACAUAAAAAACGUAUAAAUUAUUUAAUUAAUUUUAAUAUUAGUACGCGUCUAGUACACAGAUGUUAUUAUUAUGAUUUUUAUUAUUUUUUUUAUCUAAAAAACUCAUGAAUACUCAAUAAAUUUGUGGAAU